CAGCCUAUCCGGAGUUUGCGCCUGAGUGACUCCGCCUUAGCUCCUCCCCCCGCAAUUGAAAUCCCGCCUUUGCCCCGCCUCUGCCACACUUUACGGCCCCGCACGCCACUUUUGCCGCAGACGCUCCUGCUGCCGCCGCUGCCCAAGGCUGCUGCCGGUGAGGUGAGCUCCGGUCCCGUCCGCGCUGCCGCAGGGAGGCCGCCCCGGCGAGCCGAACCAAUGCUGGAUCUGGAGGUAGUGCCCGAGCGCUCUCUGGGAAAUGAGCAAUGGGAAUUCGCGCUGGGAAUGCCUCUGGCUCAGGCAGUAGCCAUUCUUCAGAAGCACUGUCGCAUCAUAAAAAAUGUCCAGGUUCUCUACAGUGAACAGUCUCCUCUAAGCCAUGACCUCAUCCUUAACCUGACUCAGGACGGGAUCAAACUACUGUUUGAUGCUUUCAAUCAGAGACUUAAGGUGAUUGAAGUAUAUGACUUGACUAAAGUAAAGUUAAAAUAUUGGUAAGUUUUCUCCUGGUAUGUGUCAUAGGCUCAGUACACAGGGGCUUUAUCUGCUACCCAUAUUAAGUUAGUAAAGGAUUCCCAUCUGCAGUGGUUCUGGGAUUACAGCCUGGUGCCAUGAUUUCCUCAUGCAGCCUCCAAGUCUACUCACUUUCCUGGGGAAGAGAAGGAAACCUCAUUAAGAACACACUGUGUGUGAAACACUUCACAUAUGUGACAAUUUAUUUAAUCCCACAACAAAGCAGGACCUCAGCUCAGAGGUCUGUGACUGUCCCCUGGGUCAUAGCUGCCCUUCCCUGCACAACCUCUUUUGGCACCUCUUUAUGUGUUCAUUACCAACAGAGGUGGGACAAACCAGAUACAUCUGACUUCAAGGCCUAUGCUAAAGAGAAUGCCAAAAGGAUUACUAUUUGGGGGGCCAAAAUUUGCUUUUUAGAAUGAAAAUGGGAUGUAUUUGUGCCUGUAUGAUGCACAAAUAUUUGAACCUCCAUUAUGGUAAGGCGCUAUGCUGGCAUCUAGAAUAUUCCGUUCAGUAAGCUUCCUUAACAGGCUUACCUUCUCGAGGGUGUGUAAGGGAUCAGUUCCUGGGCUGACUCAAGCAGUGUUUGCUAGUAGAGAAGUGGAUAAAGCAAAUGCAUAAUAGCACUGACCCCUGCAGAUUCUGAUUGUCUUUUAAUCUUGUUGGGGCCUUCUGUACCUCAAGGUCUGGCUUCUCUUUACCCUCUUAAGAGACAGUGGUGGGUAAGAGUGAGGGUUCUAGAGUCAGGCUUCCCUGGGUUUGGGUUAUGACUUCUUCAUUUUAUUACUCUGUGAAAUUGGGCAAGUCACUUAACCUCUUUGAGUUUGUUUUCUCAGAGAAAUGAAACCAAUAAUCAGGUUGCUGGGUUAGGAAGAUGACAUGAGAUAAUACUGGUAAAACAUAUAGCACAGUGCCUGGUUAAAAACAGAGGUUCCAGAUGCAAGCUAUUAUAUAUAGAAUAGACAGACAACAAGGUCCUACUGUAUAGCAUGGGAGACUAUUUUCAGCAUCUUGUAAUAAACCAUAAUG